AUGAAUAUUUACAAUUAUCUCUUUAAGUUCAUCAUAGUUGGAGAUACAAGUAUGUUAAAUAUAAGUAAAUUUAGAUGUUGGUAAAAGCUGUUUACUAUUGUAAUUUACUGAUUCUAGAUUCAGAAAUGAACAUGAUGCCACAAUUGGUGUAGAAUUUGGAUCAAGAAAUCUAAAAAUUAAUGAUAAAUAAAUCAAGUUACAAAUUUGGGAUACUGUAAGACUAUUUCUAAAAUAUAUAGGCAGGCCAAGAAUCCUUUAAAUCAAUUACGCGAUCAUAUUAUAGAGGGUAUAGAAUGAAUUGUUAAUAUAGAUCAAUCGGUGGAAUACUAGUAUUUGAUGUCACAAGUAGACAAUCAUUUGAGGAUUUGCAGAAAUGGUAUCAAGAAAUUUAAGGAUAUGCUUGUGAUAAAAUUGAAAUGGUUAUAGUGGGCAAUAAGAUUGACUUAGAAGAUAGGUAUAGAAAAUAUUAAGAAUGCUUUAGAAGAGAAGUUUAAACUGAAGAGGCUAGGAAAUAUGCAUAAAAAUAAGGAUUUGCAUAUUUUGAAACUUCAGCCAAGACAGGUGAAAAUGUAGAUAAUGUGUUUGAAACAAUGGCUAAUUAAGUAUUAAAGAAAAUUGAUAAUGGAGAAAUUGAUCCUACUUAAGAAGUAUAUUAAUAUGAUUAAUAUUAGGUUUAUGGAAUCAAGAUUGGAUCUAUUGGUAUCAAAAAGAAGAAUGAUGUAGUUUAGACAAGAGAAUAGCCAAAAGCUUAACUAGUAACAACAAGUUAGACUUAAUAAUAAGAAAAGAAUGGAGGCUGUUGUUGAA